AUGGAAGCAGUUAGUGAAUUAAAACUUUCAUGGCUUGCAAUUGGUGACUUUAAUACUAUCACAUCUGCUGAAGAAAAAGUUGGAGGUAGACAAGCAAACAGAAUAACAAUGCUUGAAUUUACUACUUGUUUAGAAAAAUGUGAAUUGCAACAAGCUCCAAAGACAGGUCUUCAACAUUCUUGGUCUAAUUGCCAACAUGGUACAAGCAGGAUUUUAUGCAAUUUCGAUAGAGCAGCUUACAAUAAUCUUUGGAUUCAAAAAUAUGAAGGAUGGGAUUAUAAAGUUGGUCUUAUAAUUGCUUAUGAUCACUCUCCUCUUUUGGGUGGUAAUGUAAGUAUUCUUAAACCAAAAAAUGUGCCACAAAAAUUUCAGAAAAUUUGGAUUAAACAUCCUGGAUUUUUAGAAGUUGUAACUAAUUGUUGGGCUGAACAAAUAUUGGGAGAUCCAGCUUAUGUUUUUCAAAGUAAACUUAAGAAGCUCAAGAAAGUUCUAGCUGACUGGAACUGGAAUGUUUUUGGUAAUGUUCAUGUGAAGAUCAAAGAAGCUGAAAAAAGAGUGCAAGAUUCUAUUGAAGCUUCUGAUCAAGAUCCUUUUAAUGGGGACCUGUUAAACAAUCUUGUGGAAGCAGAAAAUGAGCUAAACUCCAAGGAAGUGCAGUUAAAUACAAUGAUGAAAAUGAAGGCUAGAAUUAAAUGGGUAAGGAGGGAUAUGCAAAUACAGAUUAUAACUGAAGAAGAUCAAGAAAUGUUGGAUGUUAUUCCAUCAGCUGAGGAAAUCAAGAAAACUCUAUUUGAAAUGGACCCUGAUAGCUCUCCAGGACAUGAUGGGUACUCUAGAAGUUUUUACAAAGCUUGUUGGCACAUAAUUCAAGAUGAUGUAGUGAAUGCAGUUCAAUUUUGCUGGAGAAGAAGAUUCAUUCCAAAAGGCUUAAACUCUAAUUUCAUUGUUCUGCUUCCUAAAGUUGAAGGUGCUAGAUCUCCUAAUCAGUUCAGACCAAUUGGGCUCAGCAAUGUAAGUUUCAAAAUCUUUACUAAGAUCAUUAAUUCAAGAAUGUUUACUUUGAUGCAUAAACUUAUUUCUCCCCAACAAGCUGCCUACAUUAAAGGAAGAAACAUUCAAGAUCAAAUUGCUCUAGCUUCUGAGAUGGUAAAUGAAAUGAAGAAGAAAAUGAGAGGAGAUUCUGAUCCUACAAUGAUUAAUGGAGGGCCAAAUGUCUUCUUUUCAGUUGGAAGGGGACUUAGACAGGGAGACCAAUUAUCUCCAACUUUGUUUGUUCUCAUGGAGGAUGUACUUAGUAGGAAUAUUUCAAAAAUGGUUGAGGAAGGAAAUAUAGCUCCAAUGGUGAUCAGAAAUGGAAUUCAUCCCACCCACAUGUUCUUUGCAGAUGAUGUUUUCAUUUUUUGCAAUGGAGCAAAGAAGAGUAUUGAUAAUUUAAUGAAGUUGCUAGAAAGCUACCAACUCAGUUCAGGGCAAGUAAUCAAUAAAAGCAAAAGCAAGCUAUUCAUUGAUGGCACUACUGAAGAAAGGAAGAAGUACAUUCAAAAUUUGAUUCAAAUGGAUUUAAGUACUUUACCUGACAAAUUUUUGGGAGUUAUUCUUCAUUCUGGGAGAGUUAGAAUUUCCACCAUUUGGCCCAUGGUUGAAUUAAUGCAGAAAAAGCUUGCUUCUUGGAAAGGAAAGCUACUAUCUUUUCAUGACAGGUUAGUGUUAAUAAAAUCAGUGUUAUGUAGUGUUCCCAUCUACAAUAUGUCAAUCUAUAAGUGGCCCUCUUCAGUGAUUAAGACCUGUGAAAAAAUUAUAAGAAAUUUCUUAUGGUCUGGAGAUGGAGAAAUUAGAAAAUAUACAAUUCUUUCUUGGAAGAAAGUGUGCACUCCUUAUAGUGAAGGUGGCUUGGGAAUUCAAAGGUUGGAAGUACUCAACAAAGCUUUGCUUAUGAAGUUAUUAUGGAGAAUCAUGAAUUCUGAUGCAGAGUGGGCAUCAUUUAUAAAAGCAAAGUAUCAAGAUAAGCAUGGACUAUGGAAGAACAAUUGGCAAUUAUCUUCCAUUUGGCCAGGGCUAAAAUGGGCUUGGGAUCAUCUAAAGGAAAAUAUUAGAUGGUAUUUAGGUGAUGGAAGAAAACUAUCAUUAUGGUUUGACUCUUGGAUCAAUGAUACCCCUCUCAUUGAGGAUAUUGGUUACACAGAUUAUGUUAUAGAGCAUAUGCAUAUGAAAGUUGCAGAUAUAAUUCUUGAUGGAGAUUGGAGCAUAUCUGGAGAAAUCAGUCAAAUUCUUUCAUCCUACAAUUUGCCAGAAAUUGGAGCAGAGCAUGACCAUCUUAUUUGGAGAGUGGCAGGCCUUGAAAGGGUAAUCAAGAAAACUGUAUGUGAAGGAGGACUUAGAAUGAAGGGUAAUAAAUGGGAUCAAGCUUAUGACAAUCAGAUAAUUCUAUUCUUUAAUUUGGGUCCAAGGAUGAUAAGAUUUCAGAACAUUAAAACUUUUUAUUGGAUUCCUCCAAAAGAUGGUUUUAUUCUUUUUUGUUGUAAUGGUGCUUCUUUUGGGAAUCCAGGGGCUGCUGGAUUUGGAAUUGUAAUUAGAGAUCACCUUUUCCAAGUACUAGGAACCAUCUCUGGUGGAAUUGGUGUUGCAUCCAACUACAUAGCUGAAGUAUAUGUUGUGAUCUGUGCAGCUGAGCUUGCAGUGACUUGGGAUUUGAAGAAUAUAAUCAUUAACUCAGAUUCUAAAACACUAAUCACUGAGUUUGCUGAGAAUAAGAUGCCCUGGUUUGUCAGAAUAAGAUGGAAAAAGGCUGUGAAGAAACUCAACUCAAUAACAUUCUGUCACGGUUUCAGAGAAGUUAACUUCUCUGCUGAUACCACUGCAAAAAGAGGUGCCAAACUAGCAGCAGGGCAAAGGCAACUGCACUAUGGAAGACCUAAUUUUCUGACAAGAAUUGAAAUGCCAAAAAUUGAAUACUACAGAUUUUGUUAG